AUGGGUGAUGCGGGUGACUCCCGAGCCAACGGACAUGGCGCCAGUAUUCAACGCGUACCAGGCAUAGAGGUAUCCUCGUGUACAUGCGUGGUAUCACAGAGGAUGCAGCGAUACUUUGAUGAUGAGCUACCUUCGACCGAAGUGGACAAGAGACAAGACAUCGAGAACGUGCGGGACCAGAUGAAAGCAGCGCCAGCUCUAGGCAAGAGAUUCUUACUGCUCCGAACUCCGAGAUCUACUCGGACUAGUCCUACAAUCGGUACGUUAGUCGUCACCUUGUCACCAGAAGACGUGGUUAUCAAACCCAAGGCACUCGAGAAGAGAGCUGGAGAGGCCAACUGA